CGCUCGGGUCACUGGAAAGGAAGCGGCCGCAUGUGCCUGACCCCUCCCCGUCGGCAGCCCGCAGCCGGGUUUGGAUUGCAGUCGUGCACGCAACGCUACGGCUUCCUUGAAAAAGAAGGAAGCUCUCGGCCUCGGCACCCGCGAAUGCUUGCGGAGGGUUGCAGAGCCGUGCUGAGCAGCCGCAGGAGCGAGCUGCGGAGGCUGGAAGUGCAGAUCAGCACGUGCUGUCAGGACCAGAUGAGCAAAGAGAGAUUUCUCUGAAGAUUAGUCCCCUGCAGCCCUGCCCCUGGAAGUGGUCCAGCAGCUGUGUGUCUCCAGCUGUCAUCCCUACGGAUCUGGAAAAGAAAGGAGAAAAGAAGAAAAAUGUCCCAUGCUUUAAAGCAAGUGUUCAAUAAAGACAAAACUUUCCGGCCCAAGCGCAAGUUUGAGCCGGGGACUCAGCGGUUUGAGCUGCACAAGAAGGCUCAGGCCUCUCUCAACGCUGGCCUGGACUUGAAAGUUGCCGUCCAGCUGCCCCCGGGGGAGGAGCAGAACGACUGGGUGGCAGUGCACGUGGUGGACUUCUUCAACCGCAUCAACCUGAUCUAUGGCACCAUCAGUGACUAUUGCACAGAGCAGUCCUGCCCCGUCAUGUCCGGGGGUCCCAAGUACGAAUACAGAUGGCAGGAUGAGCACAAGUACCGGAAACCCACGGCCCUGUCUGCUCCCCAGUACAUGAACCUCCUGAUGGACUGGAUUGAGGUACAGAUCAACAACGAGGACAUCUUUCCCACUAAUGUUGGUACUCCUUUCCCGAAGAACUUCCUCCCGGUGGUGAAGAAAAUCCUCUCCAGGCUCUUCCGGGUCUUUGUCCACGUCUACAUCCACCACUUUGACAGGAUCACCCAGAUGGGCUCCGAAGCCCACGUGAACACCUGCUACAAGCACUUUUACUACUUUGUGAAAGAGUUCAAUCUAAUAGACACCAAGGAGCUGGAACCACUGAAGGAAAUGACCUCCCGGAUGUGCCACUGAGAUCAGACCUUCCUGCUCUCACCUUGGCGUCUCUUCGAGAACUCCGGGUCCCACUCCUGCAUUGGAGACACGGUUCAAGGGGAGAACAGAGACGUUUUGUUAAAGAAAUCUAUAUAUUUUUAAUGAGUUUCAAUGUAAAACUGUGAGAUUGCAGGAAUAUUUUUUUAAAGAUGCUCUAGAUAAACUAGUUUUUUAUAGUAAUUUCUAUAAAAGAAAAAAUAUUUUUGGCCACUUGGUGGAAAUACUCGUUCUCUGAGGAGGGAAGAGCCACCCCGUACUGCCUCUUCCCGUCCCCUCACCGCAGUGGCAUUAAGCGAGCCGAGAUGCUUCAGGCAGAGCCGUGCUGUGUAGCUGGUGCCGAGAUGGAAGCGGUCCUUCCCUCUGGACACCAGCUGCUCCCACCUCGGAGGCAGGUUACGUGGGGACGGGGAAGGACAUGCUCGUGUGUCUGGAUUCACUGCAAGGAACCACUUGGUUCCAGCGCUGCUUCCACUGGCUUUGAGUUGAGGCUGCGGACAGAGCUGCUCUCGUGCUCCCCCUUGUACUGGGCAGCCUGUCCCCAAGGUCUGGCCCACCUUUCCUCCUCUCUAAAAGAACUUGGACUUUUUUGUUCGUGGCUAGGCCAGAGCUGCCGCUGCUGAUGGAUUUUUGUCCCCUGUGGAGACCACCGGGGCCUGGGCUCGCUGGCGUUGGUUUUCUCCCAUCACUGCGCAGCGCUGGAGCACUGCUGUUGCGAAGCCGCUCUUGCCUUUGCACCAGCUCUGAGCUGAGCUUCUCCCCGGGGCGUAACCCAGCUGCGGCUCCGGGUGCAAGGCCCCACGAGGGGCUGGGAUCGGCGCUGACGGCGUUAGGACGCGCAGGCCUCGCCUCCUGGGAGCGAGCAGAGGGAAGCCGCUGGGAGAGGAGUGGGGAAGCCUCUUCAGACACCUGCGCUUCCCUUCCUCCUCGCGGUAAUGCUGACCCUGCCAAGAAGGAACCGGGCUGGUUGCUCUCCAGCCUCCCUUACUGGCUCUACACGGACAAUUUUCUGAUUCCCGCGAGGGUACUAAACCUUAUCUCUCUUCCGGAGCAACACUUCCCCGCUCUGCUGUACACAUUUCUUCAGAACCAAAGUAUCUGGUACGUAGCCAGAGCCCACUAGCCUUACGUACUGCUUGCACGAGCAGCUCUGCCGUGGCGAGAGCUUGGUGGUGCCCCAAGGUAGGUAGAUAAGUCUACCUAGGAUUUGGGGAUGUGGGGGGGAAGCAGGGCUUAGAGCAAGAGAAAAAGAGGUUUUAUGAACAGUGACCAAAACUGUACCACUAACCGCUUCUUCCUUAAAGAUGUUCUGUGUCCUGGAAUCUCUGUACGUAUGUGACUCAUUUCUUGUGCUGUCGUUAGGACACUUACAAAUACCACUAUAGCUGUUGAAACGGAACCAAUAAAUUAUGUCGUAUUUACCUAGCA